AUGAGAUUAAACAUAAGAACUCUCUUUUUAGUUCUUUCUUCUUUAAUUAUAGUAUGCAUAUUGUCACUAUGGUCCAAUUGCUCAAAUCAAACAUUUGAUACAUUUUCAAAGAAUAUUAAACCCAAUUAUGAAUCAUUAGUUCAAAAUAUAAAACCAAUAGACUGUCUCAUUAAUGGAAAUAAUGUUCAUGUGGAUUGCCUUAUAAAAAACAACACAGUAUAUAUUCCAUUUUCAUUUCUAAAAAACUAUUUUGAGGUUUAUGGAAAAAUUAUUGAAACUGAUGAAAACAAAAAAAAAUUCCAUUGGUCACAUAGCUAUUCCAAAAUAUACCAUCAAAAUGGAAAAUAUGACUCUAGAGGUGUGUUCACAAAUUUCCAAAAUUAUAAAGUUGAAGAAAGAGAUCGUGUAAAGUGUGUUAGUGCUUCUGAAGGAGUCCCAGUAUCAACUCAGUGGAAUCCUCAUGGUUAUUAUUAUCCAACACAAAUAGCUCAAUUUGGGUUAUCUCAUUAUAGUAAAAAUCUUACUUUACCAUCACCAAAAGUAAGGGUCUUAGAAAAUGGUCAGUUAAAUCCUCUAUGGAAUGUUCCAAAAACUUCAAAAAUACAAAUAGCAUUCAAUGCUCAAGUCAAUAGUAAUGUUAUCGAUUUUUUCAGUACAGAUAAACCAAUUUCGUUAAAAAUUGAUAGCAAAGAAGAUUUUUUCAUUAGUUUUGAUGUUGCUUUGUCUUUAUCAACAAGUAGUAGCAUUGUUAUUAGUAUAAAAGAAAUAAAGGAUCAUGAAGUAUGGAAUCUGCAUUACAUAUGUUCUAAAACGUUUAUAUUUGCAAAGGGUCAUAAUAUUUAUCAUGGAAUGCAUUGUGGUAGAGAAUUUGGUUGGAAAAAAUUGACUAGAAAUGUAUUAGUUGACUUACAAAAGGGCUUACAUGUAUUAAAAAAAACAACAGCAAAAAUGUUUCGUUCAAAAUAUAAGUUAUGUGAUUUUAAACUGUAUGGAGUUGGAUUCUUGGACAACCUAACACUUAGUUCUAGUGAUCAUAUUAGUCAAUUUUAUGCUGCAGCACAUUGGUUCAAUAAACAUCAAGAUAAAGAGUCUGGAGGUUGGAUUAAUCCCGUUACUCGUAAAAUAUCUCCUGUCAUCAAACCAUUGAAGCCAGGAUGGUUAUCUGCUAUGGGUCAGGGCCAAGCAAUAUCAUUGCUCUCCAGGGCAUUUUUCCAUUCUGGUGGCAAUGAAAUGUAUUUAAAAACAGCUCAUACUGCUCUAAAGCCCUUUAAAAUUCCAACUAAAAAUGGUGGCGUUUUGUCUGAAUUUAUGAAUUUACACCCAUGGUAUGAUGAAUAUCCUACAGUUCCACCAAUAUUCAUCUUAAACGGUUUUAUGUACUCCUUGAUUGGAUUAUAUGAUUUGUUUUCAUUAGCUCCCAAUGGUUCAGAGGUUUCGCAAGAAGCUCAUUCAUUGUGGAAACAAGGUAUGGCAUCAUUGAAAAAUCUAUUACCAUUGUUUGACAUGGGUUCAAGAUCAGCCUAUGAUCUCAGACAUGUAACACUUGAUAUAGCACCAAAUAUUGCUCGAUGGGAUUAUCACGCUACACAUAUCAACCAACUAUUGUUGUUAGCAACGCUGGACAACGCAACAGUUAUACAAACUACAGCCCAAAGAUGGAUUGGUUAUAUGAAUGGUGCUCGUGCAUCGCACAAUUAA